UUCUCAGCUGAGCCAAAGGAAAUCAAGAAAUCUCUUGAAAUCAAGGAAAUCAAGGAAUCAAUUACUUACACCAAGCUGAGCAAGAGACAACUUGAAGGCAGAGGUAGCAGUAAUCAGACAGGAUUUCCAAGGUGUGAUCCCACUACUGAUCAGCAAAGGAGUUUCUGACCUGCUCUGUUUCCAACCUGGACCUGUUUACGCCUCCUUAGGCAACCUGUGGUACUGAGGCGGGAGGCAGAACUCAACUCUGGAGGCAGAGCUUGGACACCGGACCAAAUUGAGGACUAGCUGAAACAGGGUCUCACUCUGUGGCACAAUGAUCAUGGUUCACUGCACCUUCGGCCUUCUGAGCUCAAGUGAUCCUCCCGCCUCCAUCUCCUGAGUAGUACAGAUGUGUGACCCAGCGCCUGGCAAAUUUUUAAAUAUUUUCUUCAGACUGAAACAUCGUUGUGAACGUGUUACGAGCCUGUUUUUAGUGAAAAAACAUUGGGCUAGGAGCCAAGACCCAUCUCUUCACUAUUUUGGUAUUGUGCAAGUCAUCUUAUCUCUCUCGACCUCAGUUGUCUCAUCUGUAAAAAGGAGAUAAAAAUUAUUUACCUGCCUGAACAUGAGGUGGAGGACUGUCCUGCUACAGUAUUGCUUUCUCUUGAUUACAUGUCUACUUACUGCUCUUGAAGCUGUGCCUAUAGACAUAGACAAGACAAAAGUACAAAAUAUUCACCCUGUGGAAAGUGCAAAGAUAGAACCACCAGAUACUGGACUUUAUUAUGAUGAAUAUCUCAAGCAAGUGAUUGAUGUGCUGGAAACAGAUAAACACUUCAGAGAAAAGCUCCAGAAAGCAGACAUAGAGGAAAUAAAGAGUGGGAGGCUAAGCAAAGAACUGGAUUUAGUAAGUCACCAUGUGAGGACAAAACUUGAUGAACUGAAAAGGCAAGAAGUAGGAAGGUUAAGAAUGUUAAUUAAAGCUAAGUUGGAUUCCCUUCAAGAUAUAGGCAUGGACCACCAAGCUCUUCUAAAACAAUUUGAUCACCUAAACCACCUGAAUCCUGACAAGUUUGAAUCCACAGAUUUAGAUAUGCUAAUCAAAGCGGCAACAAGUGAUCUGGAACACUAUGACAAGACUCGACAUGAAGAAUUUAAAAAAUAUGAAAUGAUGAAGGAACAUGAAAGGAGAGAAUAUUUAAAAACAUUGAAUGAAGAAAAGAGAAAAGAAGAAGAGUCUAAAUUUGAAGAAAUGAAGAAAAAGCAUGAAAAUCACCCUAAAGUUAAUCAUCCAGGAAGCAAAGAUCAACUAAAAGAGGUAUGGGAAGAGACUGAUGGAUUGGAUCCUAAUGACUUUGACCCCAAGACAUUUUUCAAAUUACAUGAUGUUAAUAGUGAUGGAUUCCUGGAUGAACAAGAAUUAGAAGCCCUAUUUACUAAAGAGUUGGAGAAAGUAUAUGACCCUAAAAAUGAAGAGGAUGAUAUGGUAGAAAUGGAAGAAGAAAGGCUUAGAAUGAGGGAACAUGUAAUGAAUGAGGUUGAUACUAACAAAGACAGAUUGGUGACUCUGGAGGAGUUUUUGAAAGCCACAGAAAAAAAAGAAUUCUUGGAGCCAGAUAGCUGGGAGACAUUAGAUCAGCAACAGUUCUUCACAGAGGAAGAACUAAAAGAAUAUGAAAAUAUUAUUGCUUUACAAGAAAAUGAACUUAAGAAGAAGGCAGAUGAGCUUCAGAAACAAAAAGAAGAGCUACAACGUCAGCAUGAUCAACUGGAGGCCCAGAAGCUGGAAUAUCAUCAGGUCAUACAGCAGAUGGAACAAAAAAAAUUACAACAAGGAAUUCCUCCAUCAGGGCCAGCUGGAGAAUUGAAGUUUGAGCCACACAUUUAAAGUCUGAAGUCCACCAGAGCUCGGAAGAAAGCUGUUAACUCAACAUCUAUUUCAUCUUUUUAGCUCCCUUCCUUUUUCUCUGCUCAAUAAAUAUUUUAAAAGCAUGUUUGAAAUAAAGGAAGAUACUUUUUAAAUGAAAACACUUUUUUGGGGACACAGAUAUUAAAGGAUUGAAGUCUACCAGAACCAGGAAGAAAACAAACUCACUGUCUGCUCUCUGCUCUCACAUUCACACGUCUCUUCUAUUUUUUUUUUUUUUGUUCUCCUUUAGUGAUUUAAUUAAGUGGCUUUAUGCCAUAAUUUAGUGAAACUAUUAGGAGCUAUUUAAGUGAGAAAACUCUGCCUCUUGCUUUUAAAUUAGAUUGCUCUCAUAAACGUAGAUAUUCUUUUAUGGGUGCUUAUCAUUCUUUCUUUCAAUAAAUAUUUCUUUGAUAUUAAUAAUUCUGAAAAGGCCAUAGUAUUUCCCUGUGUUUCCUGGUAACUUUUUUCUACUUUUGGCAACCUCAACUGCUAGAAAUUCUUCACCUGAAUCGUUUUUGCUACCAUUUCAGGUCAUUUUUCAUUCUUUUUUAUUUUGCUCUAUACUUUAUCAUUUAAGAUUGGGUUCUGUUACAUAUAACAGAAAAACCAAAGAUAACAGUGGUUUAAACUAAAUAGGAGUUUUUUUCUUACAUAAAAGAAGUCUAGAAGUAGGUGGUGUCCAGGUUCCUAUCUUUCUUCUCUGCUAUCCUCAGUGCAUGAUUUUUAUCCUCAGGUUACCUCACUCUUACUGUUCAAGUUUGCUCCUGGAGGCAGUGGGGAAGGCAAGAAACUAGACUUUCUCUGCUUGAGUCAGCUUCCCUGAGGCCAUUUUCCAGAACCAGCAGCACCUGAACUUAUGUCUCGACUAGAACUGGGUCACACUGAUGGCCACACCUAGCUGCUAGGGAGGCUGAGAAGUCCAUGUGGCAAUGUGACCAGCUAAAAGUUGGAUUAUUUUACUAAGGAAGAAGGGAAGAGGGAAUGUUUUGUAGGCAACUUUCAAUUUGAACCUCAGCCACCCUUGUUGGCUACCUAAAUUUCUGUGUACCAUCUUCUUCCAAGAUAGAAAACACUCACCCCCUCUCCCUGAAGAGAAACCACCAUAAAUCCAGCCCAUUAUUGCAUAUUAGAUGAAAGACCAUGCUAUCUGGAGACAGUCCCCUCCGUCAUGUUAGGGUGUGGCUCCUUGUGUUCUGGCCACCUACAAACUGAAAGACAAGUUUUCUGCCCCAAGAGUGCCAGAUGCAUAAUGCAAAGGUGCAGGAAAACUCUGAAGCUUUUUAGAAACAGGGUCUUCCUGUGUUGUCUGGUCUAGAAUACAGUGGUGCGAUCAUAGCUUACUGCAGCCUUGAACUCCUGGGCUCAAGUGAUCCUUCCACCUCAGUCUCCCUAGUAGCUAGGACUACAGGCACACGCCACGAACACCUGGCUAAACAUUUUUUUUGUAGAGAUGAAGUAUUGCUAUGUUGCUCAGGCUGGUCUUAAACUCCUGGUCUCAAGCAAUCUUCUCCCCUCAGCCUCCCAAAGCACUGGGAUCACUUGGUGUGAGCCACCAUGCCCAGGACCCCUAAAACUGAUCUUUCAGAAAAGGGGAGAAUUAGAAAUAUAGUGGCCACUGAUCCAUAGCAAUUGGAAAGUACUGCUUGGCAAAAAUAAUUAAAUCUCUCUGCUAUAGUUCAUGAAUAUAUUCCUUGGUUUGCCCAUCAGGCAACCCCUCAUUCACCUUUCUGAGAGGAAUUCCUUUAUCUAAUGUCCUCAGGGGGCCUUGGUUUUACUUUCUGGGUGGUUUUCAUUGUACAUUAAUUUUCAGACACAGUCUGCAUGGGCAUUGGAAAGUAUACCCUUCUUGGAGGCUGGGCAGCCUUAGCAGUUUACUUCCUAUAAUUGUGAGUCUGGGGGCAGGCUUGGGAAUUAGAGUAUAGAUCCGUAACAGCUACAGGCUGUUGCAGGCCAGGUUUGGGUUGUUGUUGUUGUUUUGUUCUGUUUCUUGGCCAAGUGGAUUCCUAAAAAUUUAGUAAGUUUCUGGUCCGUUGUCUUCAGUCAUUUCCAUGGACAGUUUUAACCAAGGUAAAAUACAUUGUUUUUAACAAAGAACCUCAUCAUUUACUUGCUGGCCUCUGUGUGCUCUCCAUCCUCUUUGUUCUCACAGGAAUGGUACCUCCUUGAGAUCCUUUGAAACUGUAGGCUUGCAUGGAAUGGCAACAGUCUUAAUCUGAUCUCUUCCCCUAGGAUGGCUCCUAUUAUUUGGCAGAAAAUUCUAAGGGAACGUUCUUGAAAAAGGUUGAGAAAGUUUUAGUAGCUCCCUCAGAGCCUUUACUUAUAAAUGCUUCACUUUGGAGUACAGUAGUACUUGACUUUUUCAAUUCUUCAGGGCUCCAGAUUUGGGUCUUGGUCAAUUUAUAUGGUAGACAAAGAGCAAUUUCAGCAAAGCUAUUUUCCCUUGCAUCACUGCAGACGUGUUAACCUUAGUCCAAGUCACAUAUCUCUUUAGGGCUUUGCUGAAAAGAGGCAAGAAGCAGCCAACACAUGCUAGCACUCUGAAGUUCUACCACCUUUGUCUCUGUGGCAGGAAGUCUGAACCUCACCUUGACCUCUGUUGGCAAAAGUCUCACUGCCCAAAGCCCUACCUCCUCAACUAAGCCAACCCCAGAUUUAGGGCCUUUGACUUGCUGCACCUUACUUCUAGCUGCCAAAUUCUGUAUAGGUCAAGAUUCUUAGCUGUAGGCAAUGAAAUCUUCUUUAGGUAUUAAACAGAAGGAAUGGGUGAAUCAGUAUAGAUAGGUCACAGAAUCGAUGGGAGGGCUGAGGAAACAGACCUAGGCUGAGCUUCUAGGAAUUAUGUCACAAGACUAGGCUGCUGAAGGAGCUGCCGCUUUUAGAACAAUCAAGAAGCUGCCUGCUGGAUUAGGAAGCCGCCUGCUGGACUAGGAAGCUGUGAACAGUUGCCAGUUCCAGAGCCACACCACCUCUGCCAUUCUUUAUGCCAGCAAAAAUAGAUACAUGUCUUCUUGCCUCUGUCCCCAUGUUACUUGGUUCUAAGUAAAAGUCUCAACCAUGAAGUACAAUCAAGAAGAAACUGAAAAAGAGCCAGAGUUAGAUGAUGAGCUUCAUCGUUGUCAUGCAGGAGUUUUAUCCCCUGAAGAACCUGCUAGAGAAGUCCACCUUCACCCUUAACCAAUGGUGCCUCAACUUACUACUUUUAAAAUUCAUUUGUUUCUUUUGGAAUUGGGAUACUAAGGUCCAGAAGUGUCAUUCUAAAGCUGGUAGAGGUUUCACGAGUCAUCAGGGACCCAGAACCCUUCUCUUUUGCUGUCCCCUUGUCCUAGUGCAUGGUUUCCACAUUGUGGUGCAAGAUGUCUGCUCAAGCUCUAGGCAUUACAUCUGCUAUCCUGCUGUCAUAAAAAGGAAGGGGAAAAGAAGAUCAUUUUCCUUCCCUUUAAGGACAUUUCCCAGAAGUCACACAGAACAUUUCCAUUUAUAUUACUUUGGCCAGAACUUGGUCAUAUGGCCACAUUUAGCUCCAGAGUGGUUAGGAAAUGCAGUCUUUUAUUUUGGAGAUCCCUGUGCCCAGGAAAACAUUGGAGGCCUUUUUCAAGGAAAAAGGGGAAAAUAGAUAUUGGUUGACAAAUAGCAGUCUCUGCCAUACUGUCCCUGGAUACAUGUCUUUGGGUGAAUGUCCCUUAUUUACCAUUCUGAUUGCUUGUUGGAUAUUUUCAAUAUGUGUUACAAUAUGGUUCCAAAAUUGUAUGUGAUAUUCCAACAGCAAGUUGGAUGCAAUGUGUCAUAUAAAUGACCUCAGUGUCAACCAGCAUUUGAAUACCGUGUCUCAAUGCUAUGCACCAAUAAAGAACAUAGAAAGUCAGACGUUUCCAUAAA